UUUAACCUCUUCUAAUCCCACUUUCAGCUAGCUUAAUAGGAUUUACGCUACCUAAAUGCUUUUUAUCCUACAUACCCCCUUUAGGUGGCCCGAACCCACACACCAGCCCGUCGCGACCUGACGCGCCUCCUCGAGCAACCCUCGACAUUUGCUGCAGAACCACGGGAGGCAUCCAUUGCCGACCUGGGCACCCACUGCUCACAACCAAGGGGGACAGACGUUGCCGUGUCGACCUGGCCCCUUUGUUGGGCGCCCGGCCCAUCGCCGCGCCCCAACACCGCGCUAUCUGAGCCGCCUCAGUCACCCGUCUCUGCCUCCGCCACAGCAAUGGCCGACCCCGAGGCGGGCUGGGAGCAGCGGUUCCGCGCCGACAUACGAGGAUCGAGGGACAUCACCGACGACCCCACCCCGCAGAAGCCCAAACUACAAUUCCAUAUCCCGAUCCGCCCCCAGGCCGCCAGGUACAGGCCCGGCAGCGGGCCCCCUCCGCCGCGCGUCAGCCUGCGGCCCGUCCACGACAGCAACGCCUUCAUCGUCGACAAGGUCGUCCUCCCGCAGGGCCCCUCCCCGCCGAACAGCAGCAGGGCCCGACAGCGGCGGUGCUACUACAUCAUCGGCUGGCCCGACCUGCCCGCGGCGCGCCCCGUCGUGGACGCCAGCAGGGUCCUCGACUACGUCUCGCCCCGCACCCUCGAGGAUUGGGAAUACCAAGAUGCGCUGCGCCGCGAGGAGGAGCGGGAGAGGGCCGAGGAGGCCGAGAGAAGGGCGCUGGCCAAGGGCAAGGGCGUGGCCGGCCCUCUUCUGCAGCCGGGCGGCGCGACACGACGGCCAGGGCGGCCCCCGAAGUCGAGGAUGAUGGUGGACGACGGGCCCCCGUCCGAGCCCGAGCUCAACAGCGAGCAGGAGGAGCUGGUCCACAAGCGCAUGCGGGGGCCGUCGCUGUCGACGCCCCAGAAGAGCAGGCUGGCGCAGCUGCAGGCCGAGGUGGCGAUGCUGGAGGAGCUGGACGCGGUCGACGAGGACGCGGUGCCUGCGCCGCCCCUGGGCGCGCUUGGCGGGGGCGAGAGCGCGAGCACCUCGGACAGAGACGUCAAGGGGGGAGUGGUGGAAGACCUGGACGGGCUCCGCCUGGGCUCUGCUGCGCCGGGGAUAUCCAGCGGCGAGUCCUCUCGGGCCAGCAGCGCAAGGCCGGCGGGCCCUGCAGAUCGGGCCAGUGCCCCAGCCACGAGCGCACCCAGUGCGGCCCGGCAGAAGCACCCAAUCUCGACCACGCCGAUACCACUCCCAUCGGUGUUCUCCCGGAUGAUGAACUGGAGACCAAAAGCCAAGGAUACGGGUGAGGCAUCGACGACGACGAUUUCGCAGCCGAAGGUGGCGGGCGCCCAAGGCUCAGCCCCGACCCACUCACAGUCUGACCCAAUACGCGGCCAGCGCUCCUCCCCUGCAGACCUGUCAUCCCAUACCAACGGCUUCACGCCCAUAGGCGGCACAUUCCCACGGCCACCCAAAAGACCAGCAGAUGGGUCGCCUCAUCCCGACGACGCAUCUGCAGCGCCGAAACCGGGCAAGAGCAGGAGGAAGAAGAAGCGUCCAGAUCUGCCCCUUGUGUAUCCCGAGGCAAUAGCACAACCUGCAGGCCCACCCGACCCCGGCCUGGACCUGGCCCAGGGCGAGCAGGAAUACGUGGUCAAGCGCCUGGAGGGUGAUCAGAUCAUAGACGGGAUCCACUGGUUCAGGGUGCGGUGGGAAGGCGACUGGCCCGAGGAGGAGAACCCGACCUGGGAGCCGAGGGAGAACAUCGCAGAGAGGCUGGUGAAGCAGUACCUGAGGCGAAAGGCCAAGGGCGAGGCGGACCGGCAUGCCAGGGCCAGGACAAAGAAGAAAGCAAAGGCGAAGCAGCAGGCCAACCCGCUCGUGGACCAGGCCAAGGCCUACGGCAGCGUGCUGGAGGUGUUUGAGGGGCAGAUGAACCUGGAUGGCCCUGGCGACGUGGACCUUGAUCAGGGUGGUGCACACCAUGACGAGGACGUGCACGCUGGUGGUGAUGGCCAUGACGAGCUCUUUGUUAUUGACCAGGACAGGGAGCUUGUUGACAUUGAGAGGCGUAGGGCCGCACAGGCUGAGUUUGCUACGCAGCUUGCCGGCAUGGCGAGACCUGCUCCCCGGCACUUCUAGCUUUCUCUUGUUCUAUUCAAUGGCAUCUGGCGUACUGGGGUGGGAUGGCUUCGCUUGCAGAUAUCAGCUGAGCAGCCUGCUUGAUUCUACAGCUUCAAGGAGCAAGGGAGGCAGGCGGACACCUGAGCGCCGUGGGAAUCAUUUGUGGGCCUCCGUGUAGGAGUUUGUACAUACAUGUCAAUAGAUGGAGAGCAAGCAGAGAGAACUCUCUUAGAGGCUUAAGCAGCCUGAAAUAGCAAUUUCUACCAAAA